CCUCGCCUCCUCCUCCGCCUCCUCCUCCUCGCCUCCUCCUCCUCGCCUCCUCCUCGCUUCCUUUCCUCCUCCUCCUCGCUCGUCUCCCUCCCUCUCAUUAAGCCCAAACUCGUCGACAAACUCCGGUCACGCGCAGCAGAGCCACUGACCAAAGCCACCGCGGCAGCGAUCCCAUGAGCCGCAAGCGGACCACGCUGCCGGACGCCUUCCGCGCUAAGAGGUCGCGCCCGGCGGUCGAGAGUCGCGGGGACGCCGAGCUGUGGGGAGCCGACGGCGCGGACCUUCCCAUCGAUGAGGUGCCAAACGACACCGAGGCUGCGCUGCGCUACCUGGCCGAUCUGUUCCCGCGCAAGCUGUUUGAGGACCGGCUGCCACCCAUCGUGCUCCAGCACCAGCUCUACAGUGUGCUGAGCGACCGCACGGCCGCCGACCGCCAGCUGAACGAGCUGCGCGAGCACGGGAAGGUUUGCGUGUUUGCGCUGGGCGUGGGCGAGCAGACGUCGGCCGUCGUUUUCCGCGCCGACUUCGAGGAACGCGUGCGAGCGACGGUGCGAGGACGCCCGUGGGAGGCGGUGGCGGUGCGCUUCCUGGACGAGGUGGUGGGCGCCGCGCAGGGCCCCGCCGUCUCCCGCGCUCGCCUGCUUCACGACCUCUCCUUCCGCGAUGCCGACAUCACGCGGCUCGUGAAUGCCGGGCUGCUCACGGUGCGAGAUGUGGGCAGCUGGUGGCUUUCCAUCCCUGGCAUCGGCAAGUUCAUCAAACAUCUCACCAGAGGGCGCAAGGCGGUGCUGGCUGCAAUCCGCAAGUCACGGUGCGGUGAGCUGCUGCAAGCGGAGCUGGAGGCGCGCACCAUGCGCACGGCCGGGCAGCUCGGCCUCCCCUACCUCGUGCACGACGCCGUGGGUGCGCAGGCCGUCAAGCGGUCAGUGAGCACCACCCUUGACGGUGAUUUCCUGCCCCAUGGACUGCUACCCCUUGGUCCCGGGGAGUGACCACUGCACUCCAAUAUUGCCAAAUGCACUGGUUCAACCUGUCAAACACUGGUAGUAUUGUUUUUUCUCUAACCCUUAACCCUGCGACCCCUAACCCAACCACGAACGCUAAACCCUAACCCCAUCCAUCCUCCACGUGCACAAAUACACUGCCCUUUGGCUACAGCAGCCACACAGGUGAUGCUACCUGCAGACUUUACCGUACAAUUAAAGACACGAGGGCGUAUGAAACACGAUUUAAGAGAGGGAAUUUGCUACUGGUUCCUGUGGCUCAUGCAGGAUCGUGACGACGACAGGAGCUCUGCUGCGCGUGGAGAACGAGUGAGGCCGCUGGCGCGUUCCGACACCAUCGUCUCCUCGCUUUGCUACAGCUUGGCUCGUGGGAGAUGUCGGGGAAAAUUCGCCGCUUGAUUUUGCACAAUAACGGCAGAGCCAAGUCGAGAGGAGCACUUAAAACAUUCGCGAUGUCAGGAAUCCUCAAAGGAGCUCCACUGGGUUGGCCGGCGCACAGCUUUUGCGUCUUCGGCUGUGACGCAGCUACUGCCAGAGGCUACACCACGCAACGAGCGUCGUCUGCUUGGGUCUUGGCGCUAACAGUGCAGCGCCGUUAUUUUUUUUGCCACUUACUCGUGCGCGAGUGAAGCCAAACGGACAGGGAAUGAGACACGUGUCUCUCCGGAAAGCACUUUAAUGGAGGUGACGGGUCACAAUGGCUCCGGGGAAUAAAACGUUUGGACGCAACGCAAA